AUGAACAAUUGUUCAAUGGAUUUGCAAGAGCAUCAGCUCCAACGAUCAACGUUCCAAUGGCACGACUACGUCCUCUUCGUGAUCAUGGUGUUAAUCAGUGUGUGUCUUGGAAUCUACCAUGGAUAUUUCAGCAAGAAGCAGAGCGUUAACGAUUACUUAACUGGAAGCAGAAAAAUGAAAGUAAUACCAAUUGCUUUUUCUUUAACGGCAAGCUUGGUUUCAGGAGUGAGCAUGGUGGCGUUACCAGCUGAUGUUUACAAUUUUGGAGCUACAAUUGCCCUCAUUCCUAUACUAGUACCAAUGGCUUUACUCUUCUGUUGCCAAUACGUUUUACCAGUCUUGUAUAAUCUUAAGCUGACCAGCAUCUACGAAUACAUAGAGUUGAGAUUUGAUCAUAGGAUGAGACUCAUAUCGUCGUUUCUUUACAUCCUCUACAUGGUGCCAACUCUUCCAGCUAUGCUCUAUGUACCAGCACUUUCGUUAUCGCAAGGAACUGGCUUCAGCGUCCAUUACUUCACCGUUGCCUUAUCUUCGAUUUGCAUAUUCUACACCACAGUCGGAGGCUUCAAAGCCGUCAUUUCCACAGACACCUUGCAAUUCAUAUUCAUGCUUGGGACAAAUUUGGGUAUAAUGUUUAUGGGCGUGUGGCAUUCCGGAGGUUUAAACAACAUCUACCAAUCCUCGCUAGAAACAGGAAGACUCGACUUGGAUUUCGACUUGGACCCGACGAAACGUGACACAUUUUGGACGAUCGGAAUUGGUUUUAUGACAUAUUGGAUACAAAACAUCGUCACGAAUCAAACGUGCAUGCAAAAGAGUUUCUCUUUACCAACUGUAAAGAAGAUGAAGAAGGCGGUGAUGUUGUUUGGUUUAGGAUUUUUCAUAAUCACAUUAGCUAAUAUUGGUUUCGGUUUAAUCAUAUUCGAUGAAUUCAAAGAUUGCGAUCCGAUUUCUUCAGGGAAAAUCCGUAGACCAGAUGAAAUUGCCUCGUUUUAUAUUUUGAGCGUAACGAAACAUUUGCCUGGAAUCGCGGGGUUGUACAUUUCGGGUGUUUUCAGUGGAAGCUUAAGUUCCAUGUCGGCUGCGAUUAACUCGUUGUCUUGCACUAUUUUCAAGGAUUUUGUUUCGUUCAAUUUAAACGAAAAGUGGAAGAAGCACUCUCCAACUUUUAUAAGACUAAUCGGUGUUAUGAUUGGAUUAAUUUCGAUUGUCUUAGUCUUCCUUUUGGAGAAUUUGGGAAACGUUUUACCAACAAUUGUAAGCAUGGGAGGUAUCGCUGCAGGACCCAUGUUAGGUCUAUUUAUUUUAGGACUGUUCACCAUCACAGCUAAUGCUAAGGUAGCUUUAAAACUAUUAUAA